CUUCUCUGACGUCACUAGUGUCAUGCUGUCCUCUUUACCAAUGCGCUUGCGUUUUAAGGUAACUCGACCUUAGUAACCGAACUAGAGUAUUUUGUGCUGUUUAGUCGCCAUGAUGUCGUGACGUUCAUCCCGUGUAAUUUUUGUUAUUAGUAAAAUGGAGAUUUUAACUGUAUGUAUAUGGGGGUUAAGGGAUCUAUUUUAAUUCUUAUCAAAUGACUGAAAAUAUCUUAUCCAUGGAAUCUCCAAAAGCUCCAAGCAGUAAAUGUGACUUUUCCUCAUUGAUGAAACCAAAUCUUUUCUGGAUCUUCAGUUCUGUUCUAAAAAUGUCAGAUUCUGCUUCUCAAAGAUCUGGAUUCUGUGAUAAUACUGCAUUUUUUGUGUCACAUUCCCCUUGCAAUCAGCAAACUGCCAACAUCAAUCAAGAUGAAAAAAUUUCUGAAAAAUUUUUUGAAACUAAAGACAGAUCUUCUGAUAAUUUCCUUUCUAAUAAUUGGAAUAAAAAUAUUGGAGCUAACCUUCUAGAAACUAAUAACAUUCCAAUGUCAUCUGAAGUUUGCCAUUCAGAUAAUUUUGCUGUUAUAAAUUUGUCCGUGAAAUAUAUAUAUAAAUUUUGUAAGAUUUUCACAACUCAUAAAAAACAUAUUGUUUCUAAUUUUGAUAUGAAUGCCAUUAGUCCAACAUCUUGGUAAAUAUAAUAGCUGUUAAUCUUUAAGAAAUACUUUAAUUCAUUUAAUGUGUACAUUUUAUAUUUACUAAGAUCAAUAUUUGGUCUUUGAAGAUUAUUUUGAUGGAUUAAAAGUUUUCUUAUCAACUAUUUGUCAUGUUUUAAAUGCUAAAUAUUAAUGUUAUAACUACAUUAAGUGUGUAAUAAUUAAAAUAUAAUUUACUCUAAUGAAUAGCAAGAUUAGGUAUAGGAUAUAUUUAAUAAAUCUUUCAAAUCAUUAAUAAUUUAAAGUUUAAAACAAAUUUAAUGUUAUGAUAAACUUAACGUAUCAAGACUAAAAUUUCUGAAACAGUGAUCUGUAAUCAUUAACUAGAU